CAGGCUGCCCCCAGCCAGCAGUGGCAACCCAUUGGAGUUCCUUUCUAUACCGUGGAAGCUUUGUUUUUUCGCCCUUUGCAAUAAAUCUUGCUAUUGUUCGCUCUUUGGGUCCACACUGACUUUAUGAGCUGUAACACUUACAGCGAAGGUCUGCAGCUUCACUCCUGAACCCAGGGAGACCACGAACCCACCGGGAGAAACUAACAACUCCAGACGCGCCUCCUUAAGAGCUGUAACACUCACCGCGAAGGUCUGCAGCUUCACUCCUGAGCCAGGGAGACCACGAACCUACCAGAAGGAAGAAACUCCGAACACAUCCAAACAUCAGAAGGAGCAAACUCCAGACACGCCACCUUUAAGAACUGUAACACUCACCGCGAGGGUCCGCUUCUUAUUCUUGAGGAUAAAUGAGAAAAAGGAGAGAGUAACAGGAAGACAAGCAAGAAUCACAAAAGGAAGAACGCUAGGUAAUACACGAUCCUCCCAGGUAAGGCGUCACAUUUUCUAAAUGAAUGUGUUUCUUAGGGGAAAACCUUUUAUUGCAGUCUAAAAUUUUAGUCUUCUCCAGGAAUUUAGGUAUACUUGGAUCCCAUAUUCUCAUUGAAGAUGAGCAGUUUCAUCAAGGUUUCACAGCUAGUGAGUGACAGUGCAGACUAAGAAUUGGAGUCAUUCAUUCAUUCAUUCAUUCAUUCAUUCAUUCAUUCAUUCAUUCAUGUAAUCAUGCUGCUACCCUGUUCCAAGUCCUGCCAUGACUGACUUCACAUUACCCUGAGAAUGAAAUCCAAAUUCUACAGCCAAUUAUUCAGCCCCUGCCUGCUUCCUUUUGCUCCCCGACCUACGCUCUCCCUCCUUCAGCAGGCCCCAGUCAUUCUGGCCUUUCUUCUGUUCCUCAAACCUACCAAGACCUUUCCUUCCAGCCUGUAACCUUUCCACUAUCUGUGAACGUCCUUCUGCUGGACCAUGGGUCUGAUCCCUACCCUACUAUGCUUCAAUAAUGCCAUGCCAUGUUUUCUAUGAAGAAAACAUGGGGUGGUCUUACUUCUUUAUUUACUGUCUAUCUCCUGCCUGGAAUGUAUGCUUUUUGAGAGUAGCAAACAGAUCUGUCUUGUUUACUGCUCUAUCUGAGUUCCUAGAACAGUGCCUGGUUUACAGCAGAUGCUGAAUAAGUAAUUGUUAAACUAAAUGUUAGAUGAAUUUUAAAAUAUAUUAAGUAUCCACUUCACACUGAACACUAGAGAUUUUAAAAAGGAAAAGGAAGAAUUUUUACCCUAGAGGGAUUCAAAUCCUGGUGACUUCAGGCAGUUGGUUUUUCUACUCUAUUAUACAUCCAUUAAAUUUUGCUCAGCAACUGGCAGAUUCCUGGAAAUUCAGGUCACCUGAUUUCCAAAAAUAGUCAUCCACUAUGAUUCCAGAUGAUUCUAUGGUGAAGUGAUUAUGCAUCUUGUUUUGCCUGGGAUAGACCCUGUUUACCCCUGUUGUCCAGCCACAAUCAUUGGUAGUGCCCCUUUUGCUUUCAAAAGUAUCCCAGUUUAGAUGAUAAAUUAUAUGGUUACCCUAUUCAUUGAUCAGCCAAUUCGUAAACAUUCUUAAUUAUUUCUGUUAAAGUGAUUUAACCAUAUAAGCUACAUCAAUUCCGAAAUAUGGAAGGUCAAAUCAUAUCUCUGGAAAGGGGUACUUUCAUUAAGUUAAAAAUAAGACAAAAGAUAGGAUGGACACAGCUCCAAUUAGUGAGUCCACCAACGAAGCCAGAAUUUCUCAGGACACAUUGAACAGUUCUGAAAAGCGCAAAUAAGAUUUCACAUGCAAACUAUAACACAGGUCAAGGACUCUUUAUUGUGCCAGAAACCAUUCUGCAAACUUCACUCGCAUUACCUCAUAAUUACCAUUAUGACUCCUAUUUUACAGAUGAUGAAAUUGAGGCUCAGAGAGGCUAAAUAAUCCAUCCAAAGUCAUACAGAAAAUGUGAAGUUGGGGACCCAAAUACACCUCUUUGUGAUCUCCUGCCCCAACUACUAUGCCCAUUGCUUUUUAAGCAAGUAAACAAACAUGUGAAUAAUUUGAUUAAUGUUUCCUGUGUUUAAGUAGUUUUGGGAAAUGCUACGUUAAACUAUGUUAAAUAGUCUGCUUUUCUCUGGGAUUUUUAAAUGUUUGUUAACAUUAGUGUGCUUGGUGAAUCUUCAAUGAGUGAUGUGGGUACAGUGUCACCCUCACUAAUUGGGCCAUGGCACCCUUUGUGUCAGGAGGGAACUAAAGCUCAGAAGAACAAACAUUGGCAAAGGCUGCUCUAGGAACUCUAGCAGGGCCAGCAACCCGCUUGUCUGUGGGUCAACCCUCCACUUGUGUAAACACAGACCCACCGAUGGAGUCUGAGUCAAUGAUCUUUGAGGGGGCUCCAAUUUUCUCAGCCCCAAAUAGGACAUCAUUCCUGGUCCCCUAGGCUUCAGGGGCCCUACCAGUCCACUACUUACAUCAGUGCUUUUGACCACUCUUCAUUGUGCCUUUUCACUUCCCAUGUUGAACUUUCUGAUUUGUUUGCUUUCACCUUAUCUUCUUCUCAUUUACAAGCCUAGGAGUCUCCAUAGGGGACCAUGUAAGCUGGUUUUGGCCAAUGUGCUACUACAUUGUAACAAUUGAAAUCUCCUGAGCAUUUGGGGUGCAGGAGAUGAAGAUGAGAAAAAGAAAGACUUCUCAUAGAAAAAGAACAAAUGUGUGGGCUAUUCUGGUCCUUUCUAAGAUUCUUGCUUGGGGGGAAGAGUUGGAGGGCUAGGGAGAUGGAUGUGGAGGAGGACAGAAUAGAGGGUGGAGGGUUGUAUUUUUAUUUUUCAGCUAAAGAUGUUUGUGCCUUCUCAGUCCAGUCUAGGGUGCUUUGAUUCCAGGAAGAUGGAGGCUAUAGAUAAAGAAUUAACAGUAUCAAAAUCUGCCCCCCGCCAACCAGUCCCCUCACUGCAAGUGUGGGGAGGUGCAACUAAGCUGACAAGUGUUUGGGUCCCUAGCGCAGUAGGGUUGAGUUUCCAAUGGCCUCUGUCACUCAGUCAUGGGCAUCUUCCCCUUCUCUUUCUUCUCCCCUCCCACCUCCUGUACCUACCCCUCAAAACCUUUCUGCCUCCACCUGUACAACUGAAACUGACAGGUUUCAGAAGCCAGUCUACUACUGUGACCCAGCCAAGCCUGUUCUUGCAUCUGGAAUAAAGAGGCUGAUCUAUUGGUCCAUGGCCUAUGUACCUGAUACAAACCAUUAAAAAAAAAUAGAACCACUCAACUAUUCUCCACCCAAGAUUUGCUUCCUAUGUUUUAUCACUGUCCUUUGACUUGGGUGGGAAAUGUUUUUAUUUUCAUAAAUGCUCAUGAGGCUUCUACCGAUAAGCCCCUAUUAAACUAUAUUUAAAGGGAUUGUAGUUCAAAUCAAUAUGCACAGAUACCAGUUUCCCACCUUGCCGUGUGGACUUGUCAGCAAAGCAUCUUUGGGGUCUUCAUGUUGUCUAAGAGCCUUGGUCUGAAAUAGAUCCCGAAUGGGCACCCUAGAGGGCGCACUGCUUACAUUUUCGGCAUGCAACGCCAACAGCGCUCACUCCCAGGCUCCAUAAAAGGGGAGGAGGCAGAUCAGUUUCCUCCUCUCAUUGAGAAAGAAGAGGAUUGGAAGGCCGGGCGUAUAAAGCCGCGCAGAGAGCGUGAAACAAAGCAGUCGGCUCGGAAUUGGACUUGGGAGGCGCGGUGAGGAGUCAGGCUUAAAACUUGUUGGAGGGGAGUAACCAGCCUGCUCCUCUCGCUCUCCUCCUCGUCUGCGCCGCGUUUCAGGGGUUGCCCAUCAGCCUUGCGAUUUAUUUUUAUAUCUGCUUUUUAUAAAGAGAGAAAUAUAUAUAUAUUUUCUUCUUAAGAGAAAAUUCCUGUUCCAAGAGAAAAUAAGGCAACAUCAAUGAAGGAGAGAAGAGCCAGCCAGAAAUUAUCCAGCAAAUCUAUCAUGGAUCCUAAUCAGAACGUGAAAUGCAAGAUAGUUGUGGUGGGAGACAGUCAGUGUGGAAAAACUGCGCUGCUCCAUGUUUUCGCCAAGGACUGCUUCCCCGAGAAUUACGUUCCUACAGUGUUUGAGAAUUAUACGGCCAGUUUUGAAAUCGACACACAAAGAAUAGAGUUGAGCCUGUGGGACACUUCGGGUUCUCCUUACUAUGACAAUGUCCGCCCCCUCUCUUACCCUGAUUCGGAUGCUGUGCUGAUUUGCUUUGACAUCAGUAGACCAGAGACCCUGGACAGUGUCCUCAAAAAGUGGAAAGGUGAAAUCCAGGAAUUUUGUCCAAAUACCAAAAUGCUGUUGGUCGGCUGCAAGUCUGAUCUGCGGACAGAUGUUAGUACAUUAGUAGAGCUCUCCAAUCACAGGCAGACGCCAGUGUCCUAUGACCAGGGGGCAAAUAUGGCCAAACAGAUUGGAGCAGCUACUUAUAUCGAAUGCUCAGCUUUACAGUCGGAAAAUAGCGUCAGAGACAUUUUUCACGUUGCCACCUUGGCAUGUGUAAAUAAGACAAAUAAAAACGUUAAGCGGAACAAAUCACAGAGAGCCACAAAGCGGAUUUCACACAUGCCUAGCAGACCAGAACUCUCGGCAGUUGCUACGGACUUACGAAAGGACAAAGCGAAGAGCUGCACUGUGAUGUGAAUCUUUCAUUAUCUUUAAUGAAGACAAAGGAAUCUAGUGUAAAAAACAACAGCAAACAAAAAGGUGAAGUCUAAAUGAAGUGCACAGCCAAAGUCAUGUAUACCAGAGGCUUAGGAGGCGUUUGAGAGGAUACUCAUCUUUUUGGAAUCCUGACCUUAGGUUCGGCAUGUAGACCAAGUGAUGAGAAGUGAAUACAUGGAAGAGUUUUGAAGUGUGACUUGAAAAAUAUGCCAAAAAAUGAGAGAUACAAAUGAGCUAGAGGAAGAUAGGGGGGAUGCGAGUACCUCCAAGAAGAAAAACCACACUCUGAAUGGUGCUUGCAUUUUUGUUUUUGUUUUUUUUUUUGUUACAAUCUAUUCAUGGAUCUCUACUUUGAUUUAAUUUUUAAAUGUUUUAAUCUCCUUUACAAAAAGUAUACGUUAAUAUACCGUCCUCACAGGGGAACUGGCACUGUGACCUUAGCAUUUAGUUUUCUAGAGGAUGUGAUCUAAUUUCUUUCUAGCUCAUCAUUAAAAUGGAAAUUGUAUCAGGACCCAUGGGAUAUAUCCAGAGGAAAACUUUAUGAGGCUUUGAAAUCUUGCCUUCCUGAAGAUAGCUGAGUAGGAUGGUUCUAAGGAAAGCCUUUGCAAUCUUGCAAGAUUUGUAGACCAGCACUACGAAGAUCGCAUAGAUCAAAUAGGAAAAAAAAAUGUCGAUUUUUAUUCAGUCUGAUGGUUCUGUUCUUCAUUGUGGUUGUCAUUAAAAAGUGGUAAAUUGCUCAAUGUAAUAUUUUUGUGCGCUGUUUAGAAGUUGUGUGAUUUUUUUUUUUUGCCAUCGUUGAUAAAAAUGCAAAGUCAAAUAAAAGGUGUCUUGGUUUGACGUCAUAGAAUGAUCCAAGGAGAGAAAAAAGGUAGUUACUGUUUUCACCAGAAAAGAUAAUGAGUGAAGGAAAGAAUAGUAGCAGAAAGCACAGUUUGUGAGUAAAGCUGUCUGGAAUUAAGUUACCAAAAAUACAAAGCAAAAGGACUAUUAUUUUGGGUUGAAGCUCCAAAACUGGCAGCAUCUGAUGAUCUGUUGGUUUAUUUCACUUUCAUUAAAUGAAUAUUGAUGAGAGAAGAUGCCACUUACCCAAGCUUUAGAGAAUCCCUAGUGGAAGAUUAUAUGAUAAACUUUCAGUCCUGACAUAACACUAGGGCAUUUCUAGAGUGUGAUUGCUAAAACCUCACUGAACAGACGCAGCCAAGGUCUGUGUUCAGCACUUGGUCGCUGUUGUUAUGUAAAAUAAUAAGCAUUUAAAAUAGUUUACAGAUAUUUUUGACCAGUUCCUUUUAGAGAUUCUUUCAGAGAAGAAACCAGAUCUGACCUGUUUAUUGUUGGCGCUUGUUGAAAACGAGCUUUCUUUCCCAUGAUAAUGCUUCGUUUUUGAAGUGUUGAAGCUGUGCUCCCCUUAAAUUGUGGCAGGAGAGAUUAAGGUAAUUACAACACUCAGUUCUAGGUCUUACAAGCACUUUGUUUUGUCUGUGCAAGAAAAUUCGAUUCCAGUCAUUUCCCAUAAAAUACAGACAUUCUACCAACAUAAUAUGCUUUGAUUGAUGCAGCAUUAUGCUUUGGGCAGUAUUACAAAAUAGCUGGCGAGUGCUUUCUGUAUUUAAAUAUUGUAAAAAGAAAAUAAGUUAUAACUGUUAUAAAGCAGAACUUUUGUUGCAUUUUUUAAACUGUUGAAGUCACUUUGUAUGUUUGUUUGGUCAAUGUUUCCGCAGUAUUUAUUAAAACAUACUUUUUUUUCUUCAAAUAAAAAAGUAACCAUGUCUUUGUCUAAA